GAGUAGUGACGAUCGAUUCAAUGUUAACCUUUCUUUUUCGAAGAAUUGGGAUCAUCUCCAGGGAAAAUAUAUUGGAACUGGACACCCGGACAUGACAAAAUUUGAAUGGGCUGUAAAUAUGCAGCGUGACACAUUGGCUUCCCAUAUUGGCCAUGAAGAUAUGCUUUAUUUUGUAUCUAUAGCGGAAAAUGAAUCUGUGGCGCGUGUGCGUUCUACAAUGCUCGAGAAAAUGUUACAACCCUGCGGACCUCCACCCGUUCGUAAAGAACAAUUCUAAGGUCAUUCUUUAUGAUAUUUGUCGUAUUU